GUGCAUGCUUGUGUCGUCAACGACGGCGACUAGCAGUAGCAGUAGAGAGUGGCAGUGAGAUCAGAAGAGAUCGAUCCAUGAAGCAGCUGGACUACGUGCUGGUGCCGAUGGGGAUGGCGGUGAUGGUGGCGUACCACGCGUGGCUCCUCCUCCGCAUCCGGCGGCGCCCGGCGACCACCGUGAUCGGCAUCAACGCCAUCAACCGCCGCAUCUGGGUGCGCCACGUCAUGGAGGAGCCGUCGGGGAAGCACGCCGUGCUGGCGGUGCAGACCAUGCGCAACAGCAUCAUGGCCUCCACCGUACUCGCCUCCGUCGCCAUCACCCUCAGCUCCCUCGUCGCCGCGCUCAUGGCCAGCGGCGUCGCCCACGGCAUCUUCGUCUCCUCCGGCCACGCCGUCGUCGGCGGCGGCGUCGCCGGAGAGGCCGAGCUGUCCGUCAAGUUCUUCGCCAUCCUCGUCUGCUUCCUCCUCGCCUUCCUCCUCAACGUGCAGUCCAUCCGGUACUACAGCCACACCGGCCUCCUCGUCAACGUGCCGCUCCACGCGCACCGCCACCGCCGCCGCCGCCCGGGGCUCGCCGUCGACUACGUGACGGCGACGCUCAACCGCGGCAGCUACUUCUGGUCCCUCGGCGUCCGCGCCUUCUACUUCUCGUGCCCCGUCUUCCUCUGGCUCUUUGGACCCAUCCCCAUGUUCGCUGCCUGCCUCGCCAUGGUCUGCGCGCUCUACUUCCUCGACGUCUACACCGAGUGGGACAAGGCCGACGACGAGGAAGACGACCUCGACGACGACGAUGACGGCUGCGUCCCCGCCAAAUGCUAAAUAAAGGACGGCCGUCUUGGCGCCGGUAGGGCGACGACUCAGUAGACGGAUCGAGAUCUUCUAUCUUAGGUCAGAUGACUUUAAUGUCACUGACAUGUGGGUCCAUAACAAAGAGUACCUAUAUGUUAGUGGCUCAAAGUUAAAGUUAUAUAACUUAAGUCGAAGGAUCUUAAUCCUCAGCAGACAACAUAGCGGUAUGUGAGAACAACUUUAGUGUACAGUUGAACUAGACUUGCUAAAGGUUAACCCGCAUACCCACAGUAUGCUUAGUGCCUAGUAAAAAGUCAUGCCUCUUAAAAUAAACUAAGGCACUAAUGCAUGAUUUGUGCUCU